CCCUGACCCUGCCCAGACAGACUUUCCUAAGGCACCCUUUUCCUCGUGCAGCCUGACUCCUGGAGAUUGUGAAUAGCUCCAUCCAGCCUGAGAAGCAAGCCAGGUGGCUGAGCCAGGCUGUGCACGGAGCGCCUGACGGGCCCAACAGACCCAUGCUGCAUCCAGAGACCUCCCCUGGCCGGGGGCAUCUCCUGGCUGUGCUCCUGGCCCUCCUUGGCACCACCUGGGCAGAGGUGUGGCCACCCCAGCUGCAGGAGCAGGCUCCGAUGGCCGGAGCCCUGAACAGGAAGGAGAGUUUCUUGCUCCUCUCCCUGCACAACCGCCUGCGCAGCUGGGUCCAGCCCCCUGCGGCUGACAUGCGGAGGCUGGACUGGAGUGAUGACAGCCUGGCCCAACUGGCUCAAGCCAGGGCAGCCCUCUGUGGAACCCCAACCCCGAGCCUGGCGUCCGGCCCGUGGCACACCCUGCAAGUGGGCUGGAACAUGCAGCUGCUGCCCGCGGGCUUGGUGUCCUUUGUCGAAGUGGUCAGCCUAUGGUUUGCAGAGGGGCAGCGGUACAGCCACGCGGCAGGAGAGUGUGCCUGCAACACCACCUGCACCCACUACACGCAGCUCGUGUGGGCCACCUCAACCCAGCUGGGCUGUGGGCGGCACCUGUGCUCUGCAGGCCAGGCAGCGAUAGAAGCCUUUGUCUGUGCCUACUCCCCCGGAGGCAACUGGGAGGUCAACGGGAAGACAAUCGUCCCCUAUAAGAAGGGUGCCUGGUGUUCGCUCUGCACAGCCAGUGUCUCAGGCUGCUUCAAAGCCUGGGACCAUGCAGGGGGGCUCUGUGAGGUCCCCAGGAAUCCUUGUCUCAUGAGCUGCCAGAACCAUGGACGUCUCAACAUCAGCACCUGCCACUGCCACUGUCCCCCUGGCUACACGGGCAGAUACUGCCAAGUGAGGUGCAGCCUGCAGUGUGUGCACGGCCGGUUCCGGGAGGAGGAGUGCUCGUGCGUCUGUGACAUCGGCUACGGGGGAGCCCAGUGUGCCACCAAGGUGCAUUUUCCCUUCCACACCUGUGACCUGAGGAUCGACGGAGACUGCUUCAUGGUGUCUUCAGAGGCAGACACCUAUUACAGAGCCAGGAUGAAAUGUCAGAGGAAAGGCGGGGUGCUGGCCCAGAUCAAGAGCCAGAAAGUGCAGGACAUCCUCGCCUUCUAUCUGGGCCGCCUGGAGACCACCAACGAGGUGAUUGACAGUGACUUCGAGACCACGAACUUCUGGAUCGGGCUCACCUACAAGACCGCCAAGGACUCCUUCCGCUGGGCCACAGGGGAGCACCAGGCCUUCACCAGUUUUGCCUUUGGGCAGCCUGACAACCACGGGUUUGGCAACUGCGUGGAGCUGCAGGCUUCAGCUGCCUUCAACUGGAACGACCAGCGCUGCAAAACCCGAAACCGUUACAUCUGCCAGUUUGCCCAGGAGCACAUCUCCCGGUGGGGCCCAGGGUCCUGAGGCCUGACCACAUGGCUCCCUCGCCUGCCCUGGGAGCACCGGCUCUGGUUACCUGUCUGCCCACCUGUCUGGAACAAGGGCCAGGUUAAGACCACAUGCCUCAUGUCCAAACAGGUCUCAGACCUUGCACAAUGCCAGAAGUUGGGCAGAGAGAGGCAGGGAGGCCAGUGAGGGCCAGGGAGUGAGUGUUAGAAGAAGCUGGGGCCCUUCGCCUGCUUUUGAUUGGGAAGAUGGGCUUCAAUUAGAUGCCGAAGGAGAGGACCCCGCCAAUGGUCCAAAAAGGCUGCUCUCUUCCACCUGGCUCAGACCCUGUGGGGCAGCGGAGCUUCCCUGUGGCAUGAACCCCACAGGGUAUUAAAUUAUGAAUCAGCUGAACCUGUGCAUGCUCAUGUCAAAGGGAAAUUCAGAUGAUCCAGGAUGACCCUGGAGAGACCAGAGGGGGCCUGAGGCUUCACUGCAGCGGCCUCCACCCACCUAUUCCCUUUCCUGGUCACCUUCAUGGUCCAGGACACUCUCUGGAAGUUCUGGGUCUCCCCAAGAAGAGGAAGACCAGACUCUGCCUCAGUGAGGGGCAGUUCUCAUGGCUGGGGCCCAGGCAGGCAGGGUAUUAAUAGAAGUUGCUCUGAAUGUCUGGGAGACGACGCGUGUGUGUUGCCCCCACCGGCGGGGUGUCAUCGCACCAGGGCCAAUGGUAGUCAGAGCCUGUGCAGUCCCGCUCCCUCACCCAGCUCCUCAGACAUCACCCACAAGGGGUUAUCACUAUCCCAGUUUACAGCGGAAGAAAUGAAGGCAGAGAGAUUGAGUAACUUGCAUAAGAUCAUACUGGUGGGAGUCAAACCCAGUGAGUCUGGCUGUCAUUUAUUUAUUUAUUUUUCUUUUCUUUUUUUUUUUUUUUUUGAGACGGAGUCUCGCUCUGUCGCCCAGGCUGGAGUGCAGUGGCACGAUCUCGGCUCACUGCAAGCUCCGCCUCCCAGGUUCACGCCAUUCUCCUGCCUCAGCCUCCCGAGUAGCUGGGACUACAGACGCCCGCCACCACGCCCGGCUAAUUUUUUUUUUUUGUAUUUUUAGUAGAGAAGGGGUUUCACCGUGUUACCCAGGAUGGUAUCGAUCUCCCGACCUCGUGAUCCACCCGCCUCGGCCUCCCAAAGUGCUGGGAUUACAGGCGUGAGCCACCGCGCCCGGCCCUAUUUUUUUUUUUUUUUUU